GCCAAGGUCGCGGUCUGGUGCACUUUAAAGUCUUUCUGCGUGUGGCUUUAUAAUGCCAGAGGUUACUCAUCAAGAUAAUGAUAAAAAGACAAAGAAGGAACUUAGAAAAUUACAACGCGAUAUAGGUAAAUCAAAGGUUCAAGAAGCAGAGGUUGAUCAGAAAACUGUGGUUAAGCUCCUUGGGGAAAAUGGGAUACUUGAUGCAACGGAAGCAUAUGGUGUUCUCCCAUUGUGUCAGUCACAGUUUACUGAAGGCCCCAAGUACACUGAACUGAGAGAAUUGUCAAAGGAGUCAAAUAUCAAUCAAAAUGUGUGGGUUCGUGGGCGUCUUCAUAGAAGUCGAAUGAAAGGAAAACUAUGUUUUUUUAUACUGCGUUUACAAGACUACAGAGUACAAAACGUGCUUUCUGUCGGGGAACGUACUCCAAAAGAAAUGUUGGCAUUCGUCUCCAGCAUUUCUAAGGAAUCGAUCGUCGAUGUUUUUGGGCGAGUUCUAAAAAGCCCUGUUCUCAUUGAGGGUUGCAAUCCAGAUACCAUUGAAAUCCAUUGUGAAAAAGUGUUUGUUGUAAGUGCUGCUCUUCCAACUUUACCUCUACAAAUUGAAGACGCAAUGAGACCUGAUGAUGACGAAACGACUUUGAGUCGGGUCAAUCAGGAUACUCGUUUAGAUAAUAGAUGCAUAGAUCUGAGGACUCCGGUCAAUCAAGCUAUUUAUCGGGUUGAAGCUGGUGUAGUCAAGUUUUUUAUGGAAUACCUUACUAAUGCUGGGUUUGUGAAUAUCCAUACUCCAAAAAUGAUUUCAGCAGCUUCCGAAGGUGGUGCAAAUGUUUUCAAAGUGUCCUACUUUUCUGGUAGUGCCUAUUUGGCCCAGUCACCUCAGCUAUAUAAACAAAUGGCCAUAGCGGCUGACUUUGAAAGGGUCUUUACCAUAGGCUCAGUUUUCCGUGCUGAAGAUUCUAACACACAUCGACAUCUUACAGAAUUUGUUGGUUUAGACAUAGAGAUGGCCUUCAAAAACCAUUACCAUGAGGUGGUCGAUCUUAUCGCAGAUAUGUUUGUUCAUGUGUUCAAAGGGUUGCAACGCGAAUAUCAAACUGAAAUCCAAACCAUAUAUCAACAAUAUCAUUCAGAACCUUUUGAAUUCCUUCAACCUACGUUACGCUUACAAUAUCGUGAUGCUAUUCGGAUGUUACAAGAUGCCGGUUGGGAAAUUGGAGAACUAGAUGAUUUAAAUACACCUGCUGAAAAGUUCCUUGGGAAAUUGAUCAAGGAAAAAUAUCAUACAGACUUUUAUAUUCUUGAUAAGUUCCCACUUGAUAUUCGCGCUUUCUAUACUAUGCCACAUCCUACUGAGAAGGGCUAUUCUAAUUCGUAUGAUUUUUUCAUGCGUGGGGAAGAAAUCAUGUCUGGGGCACAACGUAUUCAUGAUCCAGUCCUUUUAUCGGAACGUGCUACACACCAUAAAGUUGUGCUUUAGACCUACAUAAAUCUGCAUGUCAGGGCAUUUACGUUCGAUUCAAUACUAAAGGUCGUAUAUCAAAAAUUAGUUUGUCAUCGUCCUCAGAGUUAUUACAUGUCUGUGUGAAUCAAUUGUAGACUGGUCCAGAUGAGUACACUGCACACAUCUACAGUAUAUUCGUUAUAAAUUACUGCCUACUUCCAAUACGUAACUUGUGUUGUUUUACUUUCGUUGAUAUUUUAUGAUUUCUAUUUCAUAAGAAAAACCAUGUUGGUGUUUGAAUACAUGAAAGAACUAAGGAUCGCUUUAAAUCUGGAAAAGAUUAAAGCGUACAUUGACGCUUUUCGUUAUGGUUGUCCACCCCAUGCCGGUGGAGGGAUUGGUCUUGAGCGAGUGACUAUGCUGUUCCUUGGGUUGGAUAAUAUCAGAAAAGCAUCAAUGUUCCCACGUGAUCCAAAACGACUGACUCCUUAAUUUAUUUUGAUAAAUCGUUAACAGAACUCGGUAGCA